ACCGCUUGAUAUGAAUGAAUGGGUAACUUCGCACCUGUCUCGCGCAUGCCCACCCUCCCAUGGGCCCCAGCAGGUGUAGGCAUCCUCGUGAACGCGGUUUGUCAUUUCGUACAUUCAUCUAACAGAUCUCAGGUUUUAAGAUUUAAUUUAGCUUACAAACGUCGCAAGUGUACGCUGGAGGUUGAAAAGAAAUUGUUUUUCAACAGGUCCUAGCCAUCUCCAACUUGGUCCUUCAGUAACAGGGGAACAUCCUUGGUUUGUUGUCAUAGCAACACCAUCGAGGAACGCCACCAUGGCAAUACAAGAACUCAUCACCGAUCAGAUUGACCAUCUGUAUAAGUUUUACCUUCACACACUCACAUUUAGUGAUCCCCGUGUCGAGAAAUGGCUCUUUAUGGACUCACCAAGAUGGACAAUUGCGAUCACUCUGCUGUAUCUACUCAUCGUGUGGUUGGGGCCAAAGGUUAUGGCUAGCCGUGACCCCUUCACCCUUAAGUGGCCUAUGAUUAUGUAUAACUUUGUGUGUAUGCUGAUAUCUUUGCACAUUCUGAAAGAGAAUGUGAUAUGCGGGUACCAGUUAGGCUACAGCCUCAGCUGCCAAGAAGUGGUCUACAGCUAUGAGGAGUAUGAACACCGGAUUGCCAUGUCGCUGUGGUGGUUCUACUUCUCCAAGUUUGUAGAGAUGCUGGACACCGUCUUCUUCAUCUUGAGGAAGAAGAACAGUCAGUUGACCUUCCUUCAUGUCUACCAUCAUGCCAGCAUGUUUGGUCUGUGGUGGAUUGGCAUCAAGUGGGUGGCAGGAGGACAGUCAUGGUUUGGUGCAACACUCAACUCCUUCAUUCAUUUUAUCAUGUAUUCCUACUACCUGCUAGCAGCAAUGGGUCCACGCAUGCAGAAAUACCUCUGGUGGAAACGUUACCUCACUCAAAUGCAAUUUGGCCAGUUUGUCGUUGGUUUGUUCCAUGCUUGCCAGUCUCUCUACUUUGAAUGUAACUUUCCUCGCUGGAUGCACUGGGCACUGAUCCUCUACGGCAUCACCAUCUUUUCUCUCUUCAUCAACUUCUACAUCCACGCCUACAUCCGCAAGGAGCGACUGCCUAAGUCAGAGCGCUCCUUAUCAAGCAAGCCUAGGACUGCCGAGGCACAGAACGGAGAGGCACUUCAGAAUGGAGCAUCUAGGGACAGCAAAAAGACAAAAUAAGUGGGAAAAUGUUGAUAGUAGAUGGCAUGAUCGUAAUGCGAGCUUUGAAGUGAACUAGUGUGUAGAAGAUUUUCAGUCACAUGAUUAUUGACAGUCAUUGUUCAUUUUAAACAGAUGUGUGCGGAAAUGUACACACCUUUGAAGCUUCUCCACAUUCUAAUAGACAAUAGAAAUGCACAGAUUUGAAAAUGCACACACCUCCUACGUAAUGUUACAGUUCAUGAAAUGUCUUUGCCCUUCAUGUUAUGUCACUUGAAAAACCUCUAUACAUAGGCCCUUGACAUCGCCUAUCUGAAAUUAUUCAGUUUUUCUUAUCUUUGAAGAAUUGGCUUUUUAUAGCCCAAAUGAAUCCUUAUCUUCCUGAACUGAAGUCUCUUGACAAAGUGUCUUAAUUUGUGACUUCUCAUGUGAAUGCAGUUUGUUAAGUAAAUGCUGGAAGUGUCUUCAUUUUGUAGAUGAAGUGGCAGAAUUUUAGUACAUGAAUAAGAAGAGGCGUGUAAUGAAAACAUCAUCAUAACUCUGUUUGUGGGGACAUGUAACAACAGUACUUUCAAAAUAAUGGCUUUUCCAAACUAGGUAGAUGGUUAUAUUUUUAUUCUUGAAAUCUUGCUAAGUUAUUAGAACUCCAAAUUAUGCUUGGAGCAGAUGUGCUAAUGCAUUUUUUAUUGAUUUCUAGUAAAUUAAGUUAGUGUGUGUAAAAUUGAGAAAAAAAGGAGAAGGCACAGGUGUGUCUGUAGCCAACAUGAGAAGGCAUCUCUUGUUAUCAAAGCAAAAAUAUCCCCUCAUUGGCAAUGGAAGAGGCGGGUCGCCAACCAUGUUGACUAGGUGCACUAUCAAAGAAACUGACAAUUUUCUUCUUAUUCGCUUGAUCCAUGCCAUGUGUUGACAGUUGUAUGUGAUGUGCAGGGCGUAUCCAGAACCAACAUUUUGGGGCGGGGUGGGAAGGGGGGGUAUGUUUUUUACAGACACGCAUUUUUACAGCUUAUUGAAGGAAGGGAAAGGAAUCAGAAAAAAGUCACCCUGGGGGGGGGGGGUUUGAGCAUAGACCCCUGUGGCCCUCAGUGGAUCUGCUCCUGGUGUAUCAUCCUAAUUAGAGGUCAUUGCAUGCUUUGUAAUAAGAGUCAUUUUGUAUUGAGCCCACAUGCUAAAACAGUUUCAAAAUUAGGUCAUCUUUUACGACAUAUUGGGCCAUACACAAGACUCCACUAACCCCAGCUUAAAUGUACAUCAAUUGCAUUCUGUGUCCAGAAAUCUUUAGUUCCUAGUCUGUAACCUCGCACUUAAAUGACUAUUUUUAUUUACAACUCACUGUGUCACAGCCAACUCGUGAAUAAUUCAAACAUUUAUAAACGAGGGAAAUUAUAAUUUUGUCGAAACAAGUUUCAGCAGAAAAAUGCCAGUUUGCCCUUUGACUAAAAACCUUUGGUUUUCAGAGUGUUACAUGUUCGUUGUAGAGGAAUAUUUAUUUUAUCCAAGGUCCCAAAAUUUAUGUAAGAUUUAUUUAUAAAUUUCAAAACAACUUCAUAUUUAGAUUAUUGACAAAUUCGCAUAUAAGAUAACGCAACUCUCCAAGAAAGGACCUUCAUGAAGUAACAUUGACAAAAAGAAUCAGGUUGUCUGAUUUCUGCCAUUAUUUUAAUUUGUACAUAUAUCUUUAUCAAAAGUAGCGGUCUUUUUCUUGUGCAAGCAUUGUUAGAGAAAUAACUUUUACAGUAGAUGUUUUUAUGUUCGCGAUCAAUGUAGAAUUAUUAAGCGAGUUGUGUACGGUUACAGUACUCUACUAACAUAAUUGCAUGAAAUAAAAGUUUAGUUUACACUUUACAAGUAGCAAUUACAAUGUUGGUGACAGGCAUUGCCAUGUCUUGUGGGAACCCUACAAAUUCUUCAAUAAAGUUGGUUAAAACAGCA